UCGCUGGCGCUUGUUGAUGAUGUCGCCGUGGUGCCCCAAGGAAGGAUUGGCCGAGGCUGGUCUCGCAGUGAUGAUUCCCGGGAGCAAGGCGGAAGCGUACGGGACGCCGUAGGGCGGAGGCGGGAGAGGCGAGGGUCGCGAUGAGUGGGCUCGGCCGGCUCUUCGGGAGGGAGAAGAAGGAGAGGGGGCCAACCCCUGAAGAGGCAAUACAGAAACUGAAGGAGACGGAGAAGAUAUUGAUCAAGAAACAGGAAUUUCUGGAGCAGAAGAUUGAACAGGAGCUACAAACUGCCAAGAAGCAUGGGACCAAGAAUAAGAGAGCCGCCCUACAGGCUUUGCGGAGGAAGAAAAGGUUGGAACAGCAGCUGGCACAAACCGACGGGACAUUAUCCACCCUGGAGUUUCAGCGUGAGGCCAUUGAGAAUGCCACCACCAAUGCAGAAGUGCUUCGUACCAUGGAGCUUGCUGCCCAAGGCAUGAAGAAGGCCUACCAGGACAUGGACAUUGACAAGGUGGAUGAACUGAUGGCUGACAUCACAGAACAACAGGAGGUGGCCCAGCAGAUCUCAGAUGCCAUUUCUCGACCCGUGGGAUUUGGAGACGAUGUGGAUGAGGAUGAACUGUUGGAGGAGCUAGAGGAGCUGGAGCAGGAGGAAUUGGCCCGAGAGUUGUUACAUGUGGGCGACAAGGAGGAGGAACCCCCAGUCACACUGCCCAGUGUACCCUCUACACGUCUUCCUGCAGGGCCAGCUCCCAAAACGGAUGAAGAUGAAGAAGCACUAAAGCAGUUGGCUGAGUGGGUGUCCUGAUGAGUCUGGGCUUGUCUACCUGACGCUGCCUUCAUUGUUCUCUUUUCCUUAAGUGCCAAAUGCUAAGCUAAAGGAACAUGGCCUUGUUGGGAGGUCCUGCUGAGGGUGGUAGUGUGACCCUGCCUGAGAAAAGGGUCUGUCGCCCUCCCAUCCCUGGCUCAACCCUGAAGAAGGAUCUUGGUGCAGGAGGAGCCCCUGGGCUCCCUUUGAUAGCAGUUACAGUGCCCUCGUUCGCAAUAAAAUUGGGCGGAUGGAACCCUAGUGCUUAUACUGCCUUGUCUACAACUGAAA